UGCGCAUGCGUCCCUCUUGCCCCUGGUCACGAGAAGCGGGAGAAAGAGAAAGGCGAUAGGAAGCCGUUUGUCGCUGCGCGGCCGAUUGUCGGUUCAAGCCUCGGAGCCGGUUCUGUGCCAUGGGACGCGACGGCCGAUGCCGGCAAUGCUGCUGGUUCUUAGUGUUGCUGCACGGGGUGAAGGGCCUGGCCGCAGCAAGCGCUGGGGCGCCUCAGCUGCCUUUGGUCAUCAACACCUGGACAUUUAAGAAUGCUAACGAAAUAGCUUGGAAUACCUUACAAGCAGGAGGUUCUGAACUUGAUGCAGUAGAGAAAGGUUGUGGGCAGUGCGAAAUAGAACAGUGUGAUGGAAGUGUAGGAUAUGGCGGAAGUCCAGAUGAACACGGAGAAACAACUUUGGAUGCCAUGAUUAUGGAUGGUAACACAAUGCAGGUUGGAGCAGUAGCAGAUCUCAGGCGCAUUAAAAAUGCCAUUGGUGUCGCACGGAAAGUGAUAGAACAUACUAAACACACUUUUCUAGUUGGCGAGUCAGCUUCACUCUUUGCAGAAAGCAUGGGAUUUCCAAGUGAAGAUUUAACUACACAGAACUCUGUUUCAAUGUAUAUAAAGUGGCUCAAUCAAAACUGCCAGCCAAACUUCUGGAAGAAUGUUACACCAGAUGCUUCAAAAUCAUGUGGUCCCUACAAACAGACUGCGGAGUUCAGUAAAAAAGGACAAAGCACUUCAGUCAAAAGAAUUGAAGUUCAUGACCACGAUACUAUUGGUAUGAUUGUAAUUGGUCAGAGUGGAAAUAUUGCUGCAGGGACAUCUACAAAUGGUGCAAAUCACAAAAUCCGGGGUCGUGUAGGAGACUCCCCAAUAGUUGGAGCAGGGGCAUAUGCCGACACUACAGCUGGAGCUGCAGCGGCUACUGGUAAUGGAGAUAUCAUGAUGCGCUUCUUGCCCAGUUAUCAAGCAGUGGAAUAUAUGCGACUGGGACUAGACCCAACAAUGGCAUGUCAGAAGGUUAUUUCUAGAAUCCAGAAAUAUCACCCUGACUUCUUUGGUGCUGUUAUUUGUGCCAACACAAGUGGAAGCUAUGGUGCCGCAUGCAAUAGAGUUCCAGGAUUCACACAGUUCCACUUUAUGGCUUCUAACCCUAUUCUGAAGCAGCCAUCUGAGCAAAUAGUAGACUGCAUUUAACUUUUUUUCCCUCCCUUCUUCUCUUAAUGGAAGUCCCAAAACUCAACCCAGUGGAAGAAAUGAAGACUCGCAAUUUAAUCCUAAUAUACUCUUGGAAUUAAACUGCAUUCAAUAGAAAUUAUUUCUAAGUUUGUUAUACAAAUAAAUGAAUACAUUAGGUUCAGUCAAGUUGAACAAAACCAUAAAACAACUUUUCUCAAUGUCUUUCUGAGCUACUUUUUUGCACUAAUAUUCAUUUUUAAAGAUACUUUGCAAAAUUAGAAGCUUAAUGAUUUUCCCUCUAAGUUAACUCUCAGUUCUCUAUAUCGCAUAACAUUCUAAUGUAAGAGAAGCUAAUCCUCAAAUAGACAAAAUGUAGCCAUUGCUUAAAUUGUUUACUAUUUUACCCUUAAAAUAAAUUCUUGGUUUUAUUUUCAAUAAACAAGAUUCAAUAAAUUCCAUUUUUCUUUACAAUAUCGUAGGAAAUAUUUUUCUUCUAUUGAAGUUGGACCAUGAACCCCAUAUCAUCCUACCUUAUUCCCAUGCCUCUCAAAUAACUACCAGUGCUUUCUUUAAACAUGGUCUUGCCACAAUCUAUUUAAUUACCAUAAUUUGUGUUGAGUAACCAUGAAUCAGUAAUUAUUGCUCAGCCUGAUCUACACUGCAGUAAUGGGCAAAAUUAACGAUGUUGGCUUGUGGCUUUCAAAAGAAAAGUAUGGCCUGAUUGUGGGAAAACCAGAAAAUCUGGGAGAAGUCAAUUGAGGGAUUAUAUCCUAAGUGGUAAAACUCCUAGAAGAUGUCUGGGGAAAAAAACACUCAAAGAGAUUCAACCAUAAUUCCAGGUUGAUUAGAAGAUGUCUGGUCACUGUCAUCCAGAUGAGAAAGCCAAAGUACCAGCUUUUGUGUCACUCACUGAUUAUGAGCUGAACCUGACGGUUCUCCUUUUUUCCAGAGUUUCUACCCAUCAAACUAACAUGCUGCAGAUCCCAACAGCCAGAGAAUGUCAGUAUGAUGGGGACUAGAAGACUUUUUCUGCAGAGUCCUCUACUCUAUGGAACAUCCUCCUUUUGGAGAUUAGAACAGAUCCAACUCUGUUAACUUU